AUGAUGACCGGUGCUGUUUCCGAUCCGCGUUUGAGGCUCAAGUGGGACAUAUUCCUCAGUUUCCAAAGAGAAACACGCCACAAUUUCACAGAGCGUCUCUAUGCUGCGUUCAUCAAGGAACAAGUCCGGGUAUGGAACGAUGAUGUGGAAGGUGAGAAUCAUGAGCUCGGUCUAAGCCUCGUGGAGACUAUGGAGGAUUCGGUGGCAUUCGUCGUCGUCUUAUCUCCUGACUACGCUAAAUUUCAUUGGUGCCUCGAAGAAUUAGCUAUGCUCUGUGAUAUGAGAUCAUCGCUGAGUCGUCCGAUUUUACCAGUAUUUUAUGAGGUUGAUCCAUGGCAUGUUAGGACACAGAAGGGUCCUUUCGAAAUAGAUUUUGAAGAGCAUUCAAAAAUAUUUAGCGAGGGGAAGAUACAGAGAUGGAGAGGAGCUAUGAAUUUAGUGGGAGAUAUCUCCGGAUUUGUUUACAGAAGAGGAAGAUCGGGGGAGAUGGAGACUGACGCUGUUUCUAAGCCGCAUAGGCUCAGAUUUGACGUGUUUCUCAGUUUCCGAGGCGAAGACACGCGCCACAACAUCACGGAGCGUCUCUAUGACGCGCUCCACAGGAAGGAGAAGGUUCGGGUCUUCCGCGACAACGAGGGUAUGCAGAAAGGGGAUGAGAUCCAUCCAACUCUCGUCGUAGCCAUAGAGGACUCGGCUGCCUCCGUCGUCGUCUUAUCCUGGAACUACGCUAAUUCUCACUGGUGCUUAGAUGAGUUAGCUAAGCUCUGUGAUCUCAGAGCUUCUCUCAAACGUCCGAUGAUACCCAUCUUUUAUGAGGUCGAUCCCUCUCAUGUCCGUAAACAGAACGAUCAUUUUGCCAAAGAUUUUGAAGAGCAUUCGAAAAGAUUUGGCGAGGACAAGAUCCAGCGGUGGAGGGGAGCUAUGAAAUUAGUCGGAAAUCUCUCUGGCUUUGUUUGGAGAAAAGACUCAGUUGAUGAUGACAUGAUAGGGCUUGUGGUGAAAAGGGUUUUAGCUGAACUGAGCAAUACACCAGAGAAAGUUGGAGAUUACACGGUUGGGCUGGAAUCACGUGUAAAGGAAUUGAUGAAUCUGUUCGACAUUGAAUCCACUUCUGGCGUUCAAGUCCUCAGUCUCUACGGUAUGGGUGGUAUUGGGAAGACGACCCUUGCAAAAGCCUUCUAUAACAAGAUCGUCGGAAACUUCAAGCAACGUGUUUUCAUCUCAAACGUGAGAGAAAGUUCAUCAGACCAAGCUGGAUUAGUCAAUUUACAAAAAAUUUUCAUCAAGGAACUUUUCCGUUUGGUACCUCAAAUAGAAGAUGUUGGCACAGGCCGGGAAAAGAUAAAAGAAAAUGUUCCUGAGAAGAAGAUUCUUGCGGUUUUGGAUGAUGUUGAUAAUGUAGACCAGGUUGAUGCGCUGGUUGGUGAAACAACAUGGUAUGGUGAAGGAAGUCUUAUAGUCAUCACUACCAGAGAUGAAAAUAUUUUGAGUCGGCUCUCAGUGAACCAAGAGUAUGAGGUCAAGUGCUUGACUGAGAUUGAGGCGCUGAAGCUGUUUAGUUAUCAUUCACUACGAAAAGAAAAACCAACUGAAAGUCUAUUGGAGCUGUCGAAGAAGAUUGUCCAGAUAUCGGGACUGUUGCCGUUGGCAGUUGAAGUGUUUGGAUCUCUUUUGUAUGACAAGAAGGAGGAAAAGGACUGGCAAACUCAACUGGACAAGCUAAAAAACACCCAACCAAACAAUCUUCAAGAUGUUCUGGGGCUGAGUUUUGAAUCUUUAGAAGAUGAAGAAAAGAAAGUAUUCCUCGACAUUGCGUGUCUCUUCCUUAAAAUGGAGAUAACCAAAGAAGAAGUUGUCGACAUACUGAAAGGAUGUGGAUUUAACGCCGAGGCUGCUCUCAGUGUCCUCAGACAGAAAUCUCUUCUUAAGAUCAUGGCAGACAAUACUCUGUGGAUGCAUGAUCAGAUUAGAGACAUGGGUAGGCAGAUGGUCCUUAGAGAAAGUCGUGAGGAUCCUGGAAUGCGAAGUAGACUCUGGGAUCGUGGUGAUAUUAUGACCGUAUUGAACAAUAUGAAGGGAACAGCGUCCAUCCGAGGAAUUGUAUUUGACUUCAAAAAGAAGUUUGUGAGGGACCUGACUGCUGAUGAAAUUGCAUCGAGGAAUCUACACAAUAAUCCAGGAAUCAGCUCUGCAUUUAAUUACCUAAAAAAUAAAUUUGUAAGAUUUCCAGCAGAGGAAAAGCCAAAAAGUUCUGAAAUCACCAUUCCCGUAAAGCCUUUUGUACCAAUGACGAAAUUGAGACUUCUUCAGAUUAAUAAUGUGGAACUGGAAGGAAAUCUUACACUUCUCCCAUCUGAACUCAAGUGGAUUCAGUGGAAAGGUUGCCCAUUAGAAAAUCUCCCUCCGGACUUUCUUGCUCGGCAACUUGGUGUUCUUGAUCUUUCAGAGAGUGGAGUACGACGAAUCCAGAGUUUGCAGAGAAAAAGGGUGGAUGAAAAUUUGAAGGUUCUAAAUUUGCGUGGUUGCUACAACUUAGAUGCAAUUCCUGAUUUAUCAAACCAUAUAGCCCUAGAGAAGCUUGUUCUUGAGCGAUGCAAGCUUCUGGUGAAGGUUCCUAGCUCAGUUGGUAAUCUGAAAGCUUUGCUUCACCUGGACUUCAGAAACUGUUCAAAGCUUGCUGAAUUUCGUGUGGAUGUUUCCGGACUGAAAUGUCUUGAAAAACUUUUCCUCUCUGGCUGUUCAGAUCUGAGUGUGUUACCAAAAAACAUUGGUGACAUGAAAUCCUUGAAAGAGCUUCUUCUUGAUGGAACUGCGAUAACGAACGUACCAGAUUCUAUUUAUCGCCUUCAAAAGCUUGAAAAGCUCAGUUUAAGAGGUUGCAGGUUUAUUCAAGAGCUACCUUCGUGCAUAGCAACAUUGACAUCACUGGAGAAGCUCUAUCUUGAUGAUACUCCAUUGAAAAAUCUUCCGAGUUCUAUUGGAGAUCUUAAAAAUCUCCAGAAGCUGCAUUUGGUGCGCUGCACAUCCCUUUCUAAGAUACCUAUCAGUAUCAAUGAGCUCAUAUCAUUGAAGAAUUUAUUCAUCAACGGAAGCGCGGUGGAGGAGCUACCUCUAAACCCGGGCUCGCUGCCAUGUUUGACUGACUUCUCGGCAGGAGGUUGUAAAUUUCUGAAACAGGUUCCGAGUUCAAUUGGUGGUCUAAAUUCUCUUCUCCAACUUCAGUUGGAUAGUACCCCAAUUGAAACUCUUCCAGAAGCACUUGGAGACUUGAAAUUUAUUCGUGAGCUCGAGUUGAGGAACUGCAAAUUUCUAAAGGUUCUGCCUGAAUCAAUCGGGGAUAUGGACACACUCCAUAGCUUACACCUUGAGGGCUCUAACGUUGAGGAACUGCCGGAAGAGUUUGGCAAGCUGGAAAACCUAGUCACUCUCCGAAUGAACAAGUGUAAAAUGCUCAAGAGGCUUCCUGAAUCAUUUGGAGACUUGAAAUCUCUUCACCAUUUGUACAUGAAGGAAACUUCGGUGGUAGAGCUGCCAAAAAGUUUCGGAAACCUCUCAAAUUUAAUGGUAUUGGAAAUGCUGAAGAUGCCUCUUUUUAGAAGUUCUGAGAGUGAUGCUCCAGGUACAAGCAAAGAACCUCGUUUUGUUGAAGUACCAAACUCUUUCUCAAACCUCGUGUCGCUUGAAGAACUGGAUGCUCGCAGUUGGGGAAUAUCGGGUAAGAUACCAGAUGAUUUAGAGAAGCUGUCUUCUAUGAAGAUACUGAAUCUAGGGAAUAAUUAUUUUCACAGUCUUCCGGCUAGCCUCAAGGGUUUAUCAAGUCUCAAAGAACUUUUAUUGUAUGACUGCCGAGAACUCAAAUGUCUUCCCCCGCUUCCAUCGAAACUGGAGCAGUUAAACCUGGCUAACUGCUUUGCAUUGGAGAGUAUUUCCGACCUUUCCGAGUUGGAGAUCUUGCGCGAUGUCAAUCUCACAAACUGUAAGAAAGUGGAUGAUGUUCCAGGCCUAGAGAAAUUGAUCGCACUGAAGCGAUUAUACAUGAGCGGCUGUAACUCCAGCUGCUCCCUUGAAGUAAAGAAAAGACUUUCCAAGGCUUCUUUGAAAAUGCUGCGGAAUCUGAGCUUGCCUGGAAACAGAGUACCAGACUGGUUCUCUCAAGGCCCUGUCUCAUUCUCAGCUCAACCGAACAGAGAGCUGAGAGGCGUAAUCCUUGCUGUCGUUGUGGCUCUUGACCAUGAAAUCAAAGAUGACUACCAGCUGCCUGAUGUGAUGGAGGUUCAAGCCCAAAUUCUCAAACUUGAUUUUGCCGUGUGCACCCACACAUUGCACCUCUCUGGAGUGCCUAGAACAAGUGAUGACCAACUCCACAUCUGCCGAUACUCAGCUUUCCACCCAAUGGUUACGAUGUUGAAAGACGGGUACACCAUACAGGUGAUCAAACGAGUACCGCCAAUCAAACAAGGCGUUGAGCUAAAGAUGCAUGGGAUCCAUCUUGUUUACGAAGGGGAUGAUGAUUUAGAAGGCAAAGAAACUAGUUUAAGCGAGACACAACAAACCGUUUCUCAGAAACUUGCUAAUUUUUUCAGCACUUUCGAAAAAGGUGAAUCUAGCUCAGAAGGUGAUGCUACUGUUACCUGA